AUGUUUUUUGACGACAAAACCCGACUUCGUUACAGAUACGAUGCCGAGGAGCUCUGGAUUGAACCAUGGGGCCCCAAUGCAUUCCGAGUGAGAGCCACCAAGUCCGCAAAGAUGCCACAACAGGACUGGGCCCUCCAACAGCUCAAGGAGAUAACACCCAAGAUCUCAAUCUCAGAUGAUUCUGCAACAAUCACUAACGGCAACAUCAAAGCCCGCAUCUCCCGGCUUGGGAAGCUGAUCAUCGAGACUGUAGAUGGCAAUGUCUUGCUCGAAGAAUACUGCCGCAACAGACGAGAUCUCAUCGAUCCAAAGUGCAGUGCUCUUGAGGUCGAGGCUCGUGAGUUCAAGGGUAUUCUUGGAACUGAAAACUACCACUUAACCAUGCGGCUUGAGAGUGUUAGUCCCAAUGAAAAGAUAUUCGGAAUGGGCCAGUAUCAGCAGCCGUGGCUUGACUUGAAGGGCAUGGAUCUUGAACUGGCCCAUCGCAAUUCCCAAGCAAGUGUCCCAUUUGCUGUGUCAUCACUUGGAUACGGACUCUUGUGGAAUAAUCCAGCCAUUGGAAGAGCUGUCUUUGGCAAGAAUAUCAUGUCAUUUGAAGCCUUCUCAACUCAAGUUCUUGACUAUUGGAUCGUUGCAGGAGAUUCACCCGCCCAAAUUGUGGAAGCCUAUGCAGACGCUACUGGGAAAGUGCCCCUUAUGCCCGAGUAUGGGCUUGGCUUUUGGCAGUGUAAGCUGCGAUAUCAAACGCAGGAGGAGCUCCUCGAGGUUGCUAGGGAGUACAAGCGGCGGGAGAUUCCGAUUGACCUUAUCGUGAUUGAUUUCUUCCACUGGCCUAAGCAGGGUGAAUGGAAGUUUGACUUGGAGUACUGGCCUGAUCCUGAUGCGAUGAUGAAGGAGCUCAAAGAUCUUGGGAUUGAGCUCAUGAUUUCUAUUUGGCCGACUGUUGAUAAAACCUCGGAAAAUUAUGAGUAUAUGGUAGAACAUGGUUACUUGAUCCGUGUCGAUCGAGGUGUUCGCAUCGGACUUGACUUCCAGGGGCAAACUGUUCAUAUCGAUACCACCAAUCCAGACGCCAGAAAGUACCUAUGGGAAACCGUUAAGAUGAACUACUAUACCAAAGGCAUCAAGACAUUCUGGCUAGACGAGGCAGAGCCAGAGUACGCAGCAUAUGACUUCGAGAAUUAUCGGUACUUCCAAGGCUCAAAUGGAUCAAUUGGAAAUAUAUACCCCGUUGAAUACGCCCGAGCUUUCUAUGAGGGCCAGGAGGCAGAAGGACAGCAGAACAUUGUCAACCUUCUCCGUUGUGCUUGGGCAGGUAGCCAGAAGUAUGGCGCCCUUGUAUGGAGUGGUGAUAUUGCAUCGUCAUGGGGUAGCUUCCGCAAUCAGAUAUGCGCCGGUCUAAACAUGGGUCUGUCCGGGCUGCCCUGGUGGACAACAGAUAUUGGAGGCUUCCACGGAGGCGAUCCUGAUGACGAGAGCUUCCGAGAGCUCUUCGUGCGAUGGUUUCAGUGGGGUACAUUCUGCCCCGUGAUGAGGCUGCAUGGCGACCGUGAACCUCGCCAACCACAACACGGAACAACGGGUGGAGCGACUUGCUGCAGUGGUGCUCCCAACGAGGUCUGGUCCUACGGUCCCGAGGUUUACGACAUCUGUGUGAAAUACAUCAAGAUGCGUGAAGAACUUCGACCAUAUACCCGAAAACUUAUGAAGGAAGCCCACGAGAAGGGAACACCAAUCAUGAGACCCCUUUUCUACGAGUUCCCAAGCGACGAUAAAUGCUGGAGUAUUUCGACUCAGUACAUGUAUGGCGACAAAUACCUUGUAUGCCCCAUCCUCAAGCCAGGUCAGACCAACAUCGAGGUAUAUCUCCCUCAACUUCCGCAGGGUGAGAAGUGGUCUUCAUUCGAUGGUGAAUCGUCUCAUGAUUCGGGCAAAACUGCUGCGGUGGACAGUCCUUUGACGAAGAUGCCGGUCUUUGUAAGGGGCGGAUAA